AUGCCGUUCGCAGCGUCGCAGGCGGCAGAGGCGGCGAUGGCGGAGGCGUCGGAGGCCGCGUACGUGGCGACGGCAGCCGUCAUGCCGCUGGCCCAGAAAACAAGCACCGUGAACGAGCCAUUGUCGUUGCGCGCGCUUCCCCCCGUGAGGCAGCUGCGCGCGGUGUUGUUCGACAUCGACGGAACGCUGACGGAUUCCGACCCGCUGCACUUCCUCGCGUUCCAGCGCAUGCUCUGCGACGUCGGAUUCGACGGCGGGCGACCCAUCGACGAAACCUUCUUUCGCUCGCGGAUCAGCGGCAGGCACAACCCUGACAUUGGCCGGGACCUGUUUCCUGAGUGGACCGAGGAGCAGCGCACGGCGUUCCUUGACGAAAAAGAGGCUCUUUUCAGAAGACUGGCAGGAGACCACAUCAAGCCAGUGGCUGGGCUGCAGCGGCUGUGCGCGUGGAUAGAGGCCACAGGGCUGCGCAGGGCUGCAGUGACCAACGCGCCGCGGGAGAACGCGGAGCAGAUGCUGGCAGCGCUGGGCCUCACCUCCUUCUUCGAGCAUCUCAUCAUCGGGUCCGAGUGCGCCCGCGCCAAGCCCUUCCCCGACCCGUACCAGGAGGCCAUGCGGCGGUUCGGCGUGCGGCCAGACGAAUGCUUCGCUUGUGAGGACUCGCCUUCGGGCAUGAGAGCAGCUGUGGCAGCAAAUCUUGCAACAGUGGGUGUACUGACUGGUAACACAGAAGACGCAUUGUAUAAAGCAGGGGCAGCCAUUGUUGUGGAGGACUAUGACGACCCACUUCUAUGGUCGCAGCUCACGGCUUGA